GCUCCCCUCCCCCCACUUUUGUCCAUGACAUUUCCCAGCUUAGCUAUGGCUUUUUGAAUGUUUCACUGUGAUUUAUCUUGUUCUGUUGUCGAUGGAAUAUGCAACCUCCAUAUGUACUGGCAUGUACGCCGAUAGAUAAUGGGCUGUUUCUAGACUCAUCAAUAUACACGAAAGACUUGUACUCUUUUGCUUUACUAGCAUCUUGCUGUUCUUUCAAUACAUCUCCAUUUACACCAAUGUGACUUCUGUCGAUUCUAGCUAAGAAAUAGUUUAUUAGAAUCCAAGCCAAACUUAUUACUGUCCGAUGCAGACAGUUAGACAGGGGAGAUAGACGGGGGAGAUCUUUCGUUAGGUUCAACCAAAGAACGCUGUUCAGUUGAUGCAUUUGGUAUGUGAGCUUGACAUAUGCUUUUGGGCAAAAUUUCAAAAGACGACCUUCGGACCAUAAGUUAUUACUUAUUUGAAGAAAGAUGCCUGGUGAAUGGGCUACUAAACUUCGACUAGUUAGAUGUCCUAAGUGCAGGCUACUUCUUCCAGAGCUUCCGCAUUAUAAUGUUUACAAGUGUGGUGGAUGUGGCACGACUCUCCAAGCUAAAAUAAGGAAAAGCAAGGACGUGAACCCAGGGUCCAGCUUACAUGGAAGUGUAAAAACUCCUGGAAACACAUCAGAUCUUGUUUCUGAGGAUACAUCUAGCAAGAAAGAGCAGCUAGUUUCUUAUCAGAAGAAUGUUGAGAGGACAACAACAACUCCUGAUUUCUCAGCGGAACUUUCCUUAGAUGAUAACUGUAAAAAGAGUCAAUAUCAAAAUGGUCCUAGGGAGAAUGAUCUGGGGACCAAAGCAACAGAGUGUUCUUCUGUUGAAAAUGCUGGAAGGGAUCAAAAUGAACAUGGGGAAUGCAAUGGAGAGCAGCUUGAAAUUUCUAAUUUAUCAGAUGAGGAUAUGGAAAAUGAGAUGGAUGUCGGUGAACAUUCAGAUAUGAAAAUCAAUCGGCAUGAGGUGUCAAACAAAUGUUGUUCAAUUGGGCUGACUCGAUGUGAAAUUGUGGCCAAUGAUGCAAACUUGCAGUUAGCUGAAUCAGAAGAGUCAGAUAAUAAAAACUUGUUAUCAAAGGGAACGGAAGAGGAGUUAUAUUCUACAUCAACAACAACAACAACAACAAGCCUUUAUCCCACUAGGUGGGGUCGGCUACAUAGAUUGCAAGACGCCAUUGUGCUCUAUCAUUUAUCAAACUUUUAG